GUCUGCCGCACGACGCAUGCGCGACGCAGUCAUGUCAUGGCGUCAGGCAGCCAGGGGCUGCACACAAAGACAACGCAAGACCCAGUGAGUGAUGGCUCCAUAACAGAUUAUCUAUCAGAAUGCGACUGUGGGGCAGAGGAGAAAGUUUCCCCACCUGACGAUGAGGUCGACACACCGGAAGCCACGACCUCUCGGGCAGGAGAGGAGGGGUCCGUGCUGAGCAUCUCCUCCAAUGGCGUCGAUAGCAAGACGAACGAGCGAGAUGAGGAAGACAUUCCGUCUACCGUCGCCACCCGGCCAGAAGAUGAGGGAGCAGGGUGGUUCAGGAUACAUAGCCUGCCCACCAAACUCGUGGCCUCGCUCAACAAGCAUGAGCUUGUAGACAGUUGGCCAAAACUCAAAAGAGAGAUCGCUUUGAAGAUUUGGGGUUCUGAGAACUUCGAACCGGUGCCCACCGUGCUGGAGGGCGCUGUGGACCGGUACGAGCUGGGCGCCGUCCUGCUGAAGAUGCGACGCACGGCGUUCGAGAAAUGGAAGCUGGUCAAACCGCGCUGUCAGGCCAUGGCGUCCAUGUAUGACCUCAUCUGGGAUCAUGAUAUGACCGUGGAUGCUGCUGUGGAAAUGGCGGCCCCUGUACGGGUGGAGGGUGAUAGGGCGCCUUGGCCCAACCACAGGUUUCACGGUUUGGCAUUCAAGGGAGGCUACGCUCAUCAGGUCGCCGUGACCGUGUCAGGGUGCCACCGCGUGGGGUUGCGGGCCUUACCGCGUCCUGACAGCAUAGUGCUAAACUUGUACCGAUUCUCCGGCCGUUACCGCACAGACAAAAUCUACGUCAUAACGGAAGUCAUCUAUGCAGAAGAGCUCCACGUCACAGUGAGAAUUAGCAUCAACCACGAUGACGUCAAAAUCCUUCGACGUGUUCCCAUUGGCUUCCGUCUACACACAUAUGACGUCAGAGAUCUGUCAGUAUUAACGAGGCGACGGCUGUACGACAAACCAUUGCGGGUGAGAUGGAUUGGACUUCAGGAUGUGACCCACCCCACCAUCAUGCCUCGGAGAAGUCGUGGCAUGGGUGACGUCAGCAAGCGGCCCAUGAGCAUAGACGUGUCGAGGAGGAACCAGGGACUGGAACUGUUUCCAAACAGAAACGGACGGCAGCGGCUGGUGGACAAUGGCGGGGAUCAUGCCGGUCAGCAGGCGGCUGCUUGAAGCCCACAGCGUCUUGUCCGAUGAACCACUCAACGAGUUAAAGACUGCACUGCCUCACCUCACUUCUAAUUAACAUUCUCCUCGACGCCAUUAUUGUCAAGACGAGAUGAGUUGCUUGUAGUAAACCGCACUUCAUUACCAUUUAACAAAUAUUUGUAGUAAUAAAAUGCUGUAAACAAUCA